AUGAAGGUCAUGUGUACAAGAAACAUCUUCCAUAAAGAAUCAUCUCGCGAACAGUUUACAGCUAUCUGUAGUAACAGUACCAGAACGAGAUCUGUGCUAGGUGGAUGCCGUACUGGUAGACGGCGGUUUUUAUUGGAAGGGUAUAAUGGAAUGUGUUACGAUAGAUUGCGUGGUAGAGAAGUCAGGAAGCAGUACAGUACCUGUCCCGCUGGGAUGAAGGUCACCAUCUGCGGAGCUGCUGGAUGCACCGGUCAGCCUUUAGCCCUACUACUGAAGCAGUGCCCUCUACUAGAUGAGAUAGCUUUGUACGACAUGUGCGCCACCUGUGGGUUUGGCAUGGAACUAAGUCAUGUAGAUACUAAGUGUAAAGUAUCUUCGUUCUCCGGAAAACACAUGCUUUGCGAUGCACUUCAAGACGCUAAGGUAGUAGUGCUUGUGGCACGAAACGAAGUGGACACCUUCGAACAGAGUGCGCCCGUCAUAACCGAAAUAGCUCUUCAAAUAUGCAAUACAUGUCCAACGGCGUUUACAAUAGUAGCGACGGAACCGGUGGAGAGUAUGGUACCCUUAGUGGGUGAGAUCCAGCGUCUUCGGGGCACAUACAACCCUCGGUCACUGCUCGGGUGUGUCGAGCUGAACUGUGUGAGGGCCAACACGGUACUGGCUGAUUACAUAAAGGUCCCGCCCGAAGCCGUAAGGGUUCCUGUCAUAGGGGGCGCCUCUCCUGCGACUAUGGUGCCUGUGCUAUCAGCCGCUGUGUAUCCCUGCCAUAUGACACAAGAACAGAUUGAAUGUGUGACAUCCUGUAUAAUGAGUGGUAACGAGGCAGUCUGUGCGGCGAAGGGAUGCGCCACUGCGACGGCCUGUCUCGCCGGCGCGUACGCCAUAGCUCGGACAACUAUCAACGUGGUCAAGGCUUUACAAGGAAAGAAGAUCACUCAGUGCGCAUACGUCGACAGUCUGGGCACUUGCGCACCCGAUUGCCAGUUCUUUGCUAGCGAAGUAAUUUUGGGACCAUCAGGAGUGGAGAAGAAUUUGGGUAUACCAGAGUUGUCCAAGUUCGAGAACUGUCUUCUGGGCAACUGUUUGCCGUACAUAAGGAACGAGAUAGCUCGGGCAGUCUGGCUGGUGUACACGAUGUGCCAGCAGUGCUGCUGUACCCCGUGCAGCCAGCCGCCGUGCUCGUGCUACACGCAGCCGGUAGUCCCCUGCGUGCCCCCCACCAACUGGACCUGCGACUGGCCUGACUCCUGCAGAGACGAGUACCUUGCCUCGAUUUGUCGAGAGAUGUCCUGCAAAUGUGGUGGCACAGAGUUAUGCUGGCGUCCUCGAGAAUCCGAUUACGAUGCGGCCCGUGCAGCCAAUAUAUCGCACCAGAUGCCCGUCCGAACCGCUUCGUGCCAAAACAAGGUCCCCAAGAGCAUCCGCAUGGCUGCCGAGAUCAGGGAGAAAAACCGGAAUCCCUGCCUUACAAAGUAUUAA